AUGGAACCCAGAAGCAGCAUAGAGCUGAAACUCAUUUCGUGCAAAGACCUCAGAGCCUUCAACUUCUUUCAAAAACUCACCGUUUACGCGCUCGUCUUCAUCGCCAGUGAUGAUCCCACCAGAGACCUAACGGAGGAACAGAAGCAACAGCAGAAAACCCAAACAGAUAGAGAAAGCGACGACGACGGUAGCAACCCCGAAUGGAACCACGAAGCGCGUUUCGAUCUGGAAUGCUUCUCGCAACGCGGUUUCGCCGACCUCUUCUUCCGCUUCGAGUUCCGACACGACGGUGUCAUCCUCGGCGACAAGCUCCUCGGAGAGUGUCGCGUUUCCAUCGCCGAUCUGCUCCGUGACGUCCCCGACGUCGCCAGAUUCGUGAGUUACGAGGUUCGUGCCGCUGAUGGCAAGCCCAACGGGAUCUUCAAUUUCUCGUACAAAUUGAACGGGUUUGGGACCCACUCGUCACAGAUUCUCGACGGGAGAAUCUCUGGGUACCCUGUUCUGGCUCCGGAUGAUUGUUCUCCGAACACAUCGCAGGUACGAAUACAAUAUCCAACGUCGGAAAUCGCGAACUCAUAUUGCUACCCGACGGCUGCUUUGCCAGUGGCUUCUGCUGUUUAUUCUCCCGCGGUUGCACCGCCUCCGCCGGUUUUGUUUCCGCCGUCCGGAGAGUGUCAUUAUUGUUACCCUCCGCCGCCGGCGCGUCCAUACCCUCCCCCGCCUCCUCCGGCGGUGCAAUAUUACGUACCUUUUCGGCCUGUGGCCCAUCCCUGGCCACCAGGCCCGUAUUUUGAACACAGGUGGUAG